AUCGCUGUGGAUGUCCUGCGCUACAGAUGUGCGCUCCCUGCGCAGUGUUAUCAUGAUACGGACAAACGGCCUUUAGCACCGCAUGUUUUUUAAAGAAGCAAAGGUGCUCACCUGUGAUUCGAGAUGAUUGGAUAUGAAACAAUAUGAUGCUUUUUCUUUUGCGUUAAAUGUUUUUUGUGUUGAAAUAAGGGCCUCUCAUCCGUCGUGAAAAUAGUUCUGGGGGAUGCCAUUUAACUGCGUAAACAUAAUGGCUUUGGCUCAGCAUCAUCGACUCAUUACGUGUGUGCUGCUGUUCUGUAUAGUGACUAGCAUUCAAACCCAGUUCUCUCAAACAUUAGACUUGAAACCUAAAAUAUCGGGGAUGGAGGAGCUCUUAGAGGAAUUCCGCAAGCAGCUCCAACAGGACCAGAAGUAUACCAGGGAGGAGGAAGAGGUAGUUGACGUCUGUCUGGCUGAUUUCAACGCCGUAGAGGAGCACAUCAUCCGAGCGACUGCCUCCAUUGAGCAGGGAGCCACCUUCCUCUCGGCUCCUGACCGGGUGUACAGUUGGAAAGACUGUCUCCAUGCCUGCUGUGCAGACCCUCACUGCACGGUGGCGGUGGUCCAAGAGGACAUGAGGCAAUCGGACGACAGCCUCAGCUGCUAUUUGUUCAGCUGCACCUAUAGAAAUAAAAACGUUUGUUCAUUCGCAGCACAGGCAGGGUUUAGCACCUACAGUCGGGCUCACAAUACAACAGGACACCUCAUCUCCUCCAGUGGCAAUGGAGAUGUGAACAAAUUGGUCAAUUUGAUUAGGAGACCUGAGGAAAACCCUAGAGUUGAUGAUGGCACUCAAAUGCCAGACAUGGACGAGCCGCCCCGCAGUAAUGCCGGCCAGGAUGUAGUUAUCCAGCUGCCCACUGACUGUGCGGUACUGGAUGGCCGGGACAGUGUGGCCGACCAUGGGGUCACCCGCUACGAAUGGGCCCUGGUGAAGGGUGAACCGGCCAUCAACAUGAAGGUGACCCAGCCAGGGUUACUGAAAAUCAGUGGUCUACAGGAGGGUUCCUUUACCUUCCAGAUGACUGUCACAGACACCGCGGGACAGAAGAGCUCAGACAAUGUCACUGUGACAGUGCUGGCUCCAGAACACCAAGCUGAAGCAGAGCCCUGUGCAGCGCCCCCUGCUGUGGGGCCAUGUAAAGGCAUCUUCCCACGCUGGUUCUAUGACCCUGUGGCUGAAGAGUGCAAGCACUUCAUCUACAGAGGCUGCAAGGGCAACCACAACAACUUCCUGCAGGUGGCAGACUGCAUCAAUGAAUGUAUAAAAAUAACAGGUCACGCUAACAAGCAAACGACAUUGGCACCUCCCCCCACCACCAAACACACAGAGACAGUCUUACCCAGUACAUUUCCUGCAGAGGCCCCUAAAGUGACCAUGAAGUGGCCAGAGAUCAAACCACUACCAGAGCGUGACAUGUUCCCAAUAUCCAAACCACAUUCAGUAAUGGGAGGACACCCAGGGCCUGAGUCAGGUGCUAUACUGCCAUUGGCUCUAGGCCUGAUUAUCACGGCUUUGCUGCUGCUCAUGAUUGGCUGUCGCCUGCGGUUGGUCCGCCACAAGCUGAAGAAGGCCCGACCCCUCACCACUGAGGAGUCUGAUUACCUCAUCAACGGCAUGUACCUGUAGCAGCAUAGACAGGGAUGAACGCUCCACAGAACUAGAAUGAGAGGUUCCAAGUCCCUUCAAUUCAUUCUAUUUAUAGGGGAAACCCCAACACUGUCAGUCAACUGUUGGCCAGGUGGAGUCUUCAUGAUUACCGAACAAACUUUCUACAUCACGACUGUGUACGACUUCUUCAGGUGCACUCGAUUUAGAUAACUCCACGUGCGAGGUAGGCGGCGAUCACUCUUUGGAAUGGUCCCAAAAGUGCAAACUCUACCCACAGCACUCCAGGUGAGCUAAAUCAAACACAGCUUUUAACAGGAAAUACAUGUUUUUGCCACUUGUGUACACUCACUUAGUGUACAAACUGAUGCUUGUCUGCACUUAGGUUUGGAAAGAGAUGCUUUCCUUUUUCUUUCACCCUUAGAUGUUAUUUUAAUAUUACAACAAAAUGUCAAAGUCAUGGAUGUAUAUUUUCAUGGAGAUAUAUGGUACUUUAUCCAUUAUGUAAUACACUUGCCACUGUUGUGCUAUGAUGCUGUAUAUCUAUUAGGCUUAGCGUAGAAUUUAACUUUUUACCAGACUACUUUGAAAUAUGGGGAUAGCGAGAUAUGUAAUUUAUUGUAAAUUCCAAUCAUUACUGAAAAUUAUUAUUUUGUUAUAAAACCAAGUAAUUCCAGAAAAGCCCAUAUCAAGCCAUAAAGCAUUCUAGGAUGUGUCUGAUAUGGUAUGUUGCUUUUCUUUAUCAUCUAUGUAGUUUCAAUGUUGAUGUGUAGAUGUAUCUCUAAAGUCUGUAUGCAGUUUGUGUGAGACAGUAAAGUUAACUCUUGAUCAA